AUGUCUUCCGCGCCACUGCUGCAGAAAGCGCCAGGCAAGAAAAUUGCACUGCCCACUAGAGUGGAGCCCAAGGUCUUCUUCGCAAAUGAGCGUACAUUUUUGUCGUGGUUGAACUUCACAGUCAUGCUCGGUGGCCUGGGUAUCGGGUUGCUGAACUUUGGUGACAAGGUUGGCCGCAUCAGCGCCGGACUGUUCACACUGGUGGCCAUGGCCACGAUGGUGUACGCGCUGGUGACAUACCACUGGAGAGCCUCGGCUAUCAGGCGCAGAGGAUCCGGGCCCUACGACGACCGUCUGGGCCCCACCCUGCUGUGUUUCUUCCUGUUGAUCGCCGUGGUGGUGAACUUUUUGUUGAGAAUGAAGUACCAGUAA